AGGGUCCUGCUUAAGGAUCUAUGGAUGUGCUAAGGUCAGCUUCAAACUGACACUCUCCUGAUAACAGGUUCAGAGGCUUAGCUCGCUGAGCCACACAUUGUCCCCGGUCUGGGCACGGCAGCUAAUCGUGUAUCUUUGGCCCGUGGGUGAAAACAUGCAAAACUAUGCACAGAGAACGGAACAGACUUCAAAGCAGCAGUCCCGCUCACUUAAUCACCAGGCCGCACUGAUAGCAUUCAGCAUGACAAACUACAAGUGAUUUUCACAGUACUCAGUUGUGGAAUUACAUCAAGAGGGAGUGUAGUUUUUAGUCAGAGAAAUGUUUAUAUAUUACAUCGAAGCGGUGCACUUAAUCUGACCUUUUUGAUAUCUCUGCCCAUAGUACUGGGAAGUAAUGGAAACAGAAAAAAAUGUUGUUUUGGGAUACAAAUGUCUCUGCUGAUCAGAUUACAGCAAACCGUGACAUCACUCCACAUGCGGGCAGUGGCAACUAAUUACAGCACCCUCUGCCCUAACGUGGUCGCUGUAAAGGUCCCUGUGUCUUUGUCUGAGUAAAGGUCUCCCUGCCGGUGUGGCGAUGAGUGUGUGUAGGUGACGCACUGGCCCCACAGAGCCGGGGGGUCCCUCAUAAAUGUGGCCCCGAGCACCUAGGGAGCCACAGCACUCACUGAAGUGGGAGGGCAGAGAGGAGCAAACCUGCUCAGUCAUCUCCCACCGUUUGGUAUCCCUCCUCUCCUGCCGUGAUGUGGAAAUCCGCGGUGCUUGCUACCUGCCUCCUGGUGUCCCUGGUGCUGCCGGCAGAGGGGAACCCAACGUUCGGCGUCAAGCUGUGCGGCCGCGAGUUCAUCCGCGCCGUCAUCUUCACCUGCGGCGGUUCGCGCUGGAGGCGAGCCAGCGGUGCAGGAGACCUCACCCAAGACGUCUUCUCCCCUCACCAUGACGAGGCCUCCGACAGCUGGCUCCCAGACUUUGGCCUCCCGUACCAACCGCUUGCUGAGGCUGAGCUGUCCAGCUGGGGGAGGGAGGAAACCGAGCGAAUGCCUUUCAGCCGGCCUCCCCGCUCGGGCAUCGCGGGGGAGGUGCUGGAGACGCUGCACACAUCCAGGAAGGGCCGCGAGGUGGUGGCAGGGCUCUCCAACGCUUGCUGUAAGUGGGGCUGCAACAAGAGCGAGAUCAGCUCCCUGUGCUGAGGCUCCGCCCCCCACCCCUACUCCUUCAGGGGGGCCAACGCCCACUCUCUUUUUCACAAGAUUAGUGAAAUCAGCAGCUUAUGUAUAUAGGCAGCCUGCAUCCUGUUAUCCUGUUCCUCUCUUGGGCUCCUCGACAGUGAAGCGAGCUGCUUCUCUCUCUCCUUCACUACUGCCCCCGAAGCUCCUGCUCUUUCAUGUCAUUUUGUGAUUUUCAUAAUGAGGCCGUUGAAGGAAUGCUGGG